CAGAGAGAGAGAGAGAGAGAGAACAAGAGGGUGACGGAGGGAGAGAAGGGGGGAGCAGAGACCACAACAUGCCGGCGAUGGACGACAGAUAGACAGAUGAGAGAGAGUGUGGAUGUCAGCUGAGUGUGAAGAGGAGGACAGAAGAGGAAGAGGAGGAGAAACAUGAGUCGACAGCAGCAGCAGACCCGGGGAGUGGUUUUAACGGGUUACCACAGCAACGCGGAACUGUUGCCCCAAACCGGACCGUGCGCCCCCAGCUGUCAAUCAGCCAGGGACCCCGAGACCUCCACCGAACCCAGCCGCAGAACAGGCCAGUACACCCUUCAACAGAACCAAAACACACCACAUGGAUACGGAGUCGGGCCUGGCGCUGCAGCCAGUGUUACCAGCAGCACUGAACCGUCGCUGUCACUCCCCAAUCCGAGCUCUGCAGCCUGCUCCAGGUCUCAGCCCUCCUCCAGCCCAAAGUCUCACUCCAGCCCCAGACACAGUCCCAACGCCAGGGCCAGACCACGACCCACGUGUCAGCGCUGUUACUCUCAGGACUCUCUGGAUGAGCUGGAGAUGGACGAUUACUGGAAGGAGGUGGAGAACAUCACUCGCUCGGGGGAAGGAGCGGGAAGGGGAGACAGUGGAGGAGAAGGAGAAGUUCAAGAGGAGGAGCAGAAUAAAACUCCCGAGGAAGGAGAGCAGGAGGAAGCGUGGCUCGCAGAGGCGGGGCUAGCCCAACUCUUUGAUGACACAUUGGCAGCUGACCAGGAUCAGGAAGAAGACAAUGCAGUGUUCCUGUCCACGCUAACCAGAACGCAGGCGGCGGCCGUAGAGCGCCGUGUGGCAUCGCUACAGCAGACGUUGCUACGGCGACGCAACCGACAACACGUUCCUGAUGUUAGGGAUAUAUUCAGACCUCCUGAAAAGGAUGAGCUGCCAAUUCAGAUCAAAGAAGGAAGUGAGAAUGGACAAAAAGAAGUCACUUUAGCUGAAACGGAGACAGAACUGAACGUUGAAGUGGCGUUUUCAGAGCAAGCGCUCACAUACAGGGAUAUCAACCAAAGAUUAAAGGUCACCACCAGCCCUAACUCGCCUGACGACAAACUACCAAACUUUAAGCUGCUCCGAGAUAAAACAGGUCAAACCAGAGUAGGAGAUCUGUCUCCUCUGGAUAUGAAAAAGGUGCGUAGAGUGGUGCUUGUGGAGAUGACGGCUCUCUUCGACACUGCUGGGAUAGACCUGAAGGCGCACAAAGCUGUCAAAGUCAAGACUAAAGAAAGUGGUCUGUUCGGUGUGCCACUCACCACUUUAUUGGAUCAGGACCAGAGGCGGGUUCCUGGGACCAAAGUGCCAUUCAUACUGCAGAGGUUAAUCACUCAUAUCGAGGAGGAAGGAUUAGACACAGAGGGGCUUCUACGGAUCCCUGGAGUGGCCACGAGAGUCAAGUCACUGUGCCAGGAGCUCGAGUCCUCCUGCUAUGAUGGGAUGUUUCCAUGGCAACAGUUGAAGCAGCACGAUGCUGCGAGCCUUCUGAAGCUGUUCAUCAGGGAGUUACCCCAUCCAUUACUGACUGUGGAGUACCUCAGCACUUUUAUUGCCGUCAACAAGUUCCCCACAAAGAAGCAGCAGCUGCAGGCUUUGAACCUGCUGGUCCUUUUGUUACCAGAGCCCAAUCGGGACACUCUGAAGGCGUUGGUGGAGUUCUUCCAGCGUGUUAUUGACCACCAGGUCAAGAAUAAAAUGACGCUCAACAACGUCUCAGUUGUCAUGGCACCCAACAUCUUCAUGUUCAAAGGCUUCCGCUCCAAGGUUACAGAACAACAGGAGUUCUCCAUGGCAACCAGCACAGCCAACAUUGUCCGCCUGCUGAUAAGAUACCAGAAUCUUCUUUGGACAAUCCCCAAGUUCAUCAUGACCCAGGUCAGACAACAGAAUAUGGAAAGUCAGCGGAAACAGAAUAAAGAGAGAGCUGUAAGAAAGCUACUGAAGAAGAUCACCAUUGAGAAACUGCCUGACAAAGCUGCCCCUGAGGAGAGUUCACAGGGAUUUAUUCGAGUCCAAGCCCCCCAGUUCAGUAAGACCUCUAUGGCUGUUCAGCUGACUGAAGAGCUGCUGGCUGCUGAUGUUCUCUCACGCUUCCUCAGCCAAGACAGUUCAGUGGCAGUGAAACGAGAAGAGCUGUGUCUCUAUGAGAUCGGUGGGAACAUCAAGGAGAGAUGUCUAGAUGGGGAAACAUACAUGAAAGACCUCUUCCAGCUGAACCCUGCAGCAGAGUGGGUCAUCAAAGCUGCCCAGCGAUGAACUGGGGAUGAAUCAUGGAUGCUGGACUUGUUCCUGUUCUCACCACAGGGUCCUGCUGAGAAGGGACUGCACCUGGUUCUCUGUGGGUUUUGCUGCUUCGGGACGUACAUUGACAUGGACACUGAUAGUUUUCAACAUAUGGGAGUGUAACAUGGUUUUACACAUAUGAUUGACCCUUAAAAUCUACCACAAAGUGCAAAGUAAUCCAAAAUCCAUGAAAACCCAUUAGGUGAAAUGUGUGGUUAUACAUUUCAUUGUCAAUUCUUUGCAUUAACAAAAAUCCCAAACAAGAAGUAACAUUAGACUGUGAUGGCAAAAUCAACCAUUUAAUUUAUUCCACCCUGCCUUAUGCUGCUCACUGUAAUUUAAGUACAGCUGUCAUCUCUCACAGGCCACAGACACUGGGGGAAAAAGUUAUUUCCUCUAGUUGGUCUCAGCACUUAAGUCACAAUAUUGUGAUUCUUAAUAUUGUGUGAUACUGUAAGUAUUUCAUUUGUAUACUGUGGGUUAUUGCCUCUAAUCACUUUGUGGUGCCUGCUAUAAUAAGCUGAAUUAAUACAGUUUGCGGCAAUAAGUUAUCGAAAUUCUAUUAAAUCAGUUUUACCCAUUUUGAAAAUAUUGGCUUUUAUUUAUCCAUAUUUUUUAUUGAAAGCCCUAAAAAGUAAAGAAAUGGUCAUGGUGUUGAAUGUGAGUGCAUGGAAGCAUGUAACUGUGACCAGUACGUAUGGAACAUUGGAUUGAAUGGGCAUACGUCAGAGGUCCAGAGGUGGACUGUCAGGCGAGCAUGAACCAGCAGAAAGUUUUUAUGAGGACACGCAAUGACGACAUCACUGUUUUUAUGUCAUGUUAAUAUUGUUGUUUUCAGAGUGGAUGUUCGAGUGUGUUUGAAUCACAUGACCGUGCGAAUGUGACAAGAUACAUUUCCACAUUUUAUAUGAACAGUCUUACAUCUACAUGGAAUUAAUCAAUUGUCCAUCAUACUAAAGAUGGACUCUGAUCAUUUUUGAAUAAAUUAACUCACUGCAUACAUGGCCUUAUGAAAUGAUACACUCUUAGCAUAGUGGGUCCAAAACUAUCUGGAAAGUGGACACUCAUACCUUUUGGCAUUUGUUGUUUUAAUUGGACUUUUAGCAUAAUGAGUAUAAAAGCCUCCAACACAGGCCUAAUCUGAUCCUUUGUGCUUCUCACAGUUUCAGCAGCAGAGGAUCAGAUCUGCACUACAGCAUCAAACUAAAUAACCAUGUGUCAUUUCUGUUUUUUUUAGUUGAACUCAGUCUGUCACUCCCUGCCUUGCAUUAUCUUUUGAACUGUGAAUUUUAUUUUGUUUCUUUAAAAUAAUUAAGUCCUUGUCUUCUUACUGCCUUGGAAAUGACCACUAAAACAGCCUGUAAAUAAACAUGUACUUACUAAUCAC